AUCAAAUUAAUUGAAGCAUGGAUAGGAAGAACAAGGACCCUUGGUCUUUUGCCCUAAAUGGCGAUGACAGCGAUAAAUCGUCGGGCAACGAGAGCCCCUUUUCGACCAGAUCCUCGAGCAGCUCCAGUAACACCAGCAGCGAAACCUCCGUGGAGAAGGAGCCAGCCACCGAAACGGAGAGCCUGUGCAUCCCGGGUGGCAGCUAUGAUAUUAUCAGCAAGAGCAACAUGCAGCAAUUUGUGCACAAAAUCGAUGGAAAUGCCUCGCUGGACGAUCAAGGAUGCGAUAUGAUGGCCAGAAUAGCCGAUGCCUUCGUUAAUGACGUUUCCAUGCGCAUGGUCAAGUUGGCCAAGUACCGAAAGAGCCACGUUAGCGUGCUAGACCUGAAGUUCAUCCUCAAGCGCGAGUACAACAUGGAGUUCCCCAUUGAAUAAAUUGCAUCUAUUAACAAUAAAUAUUAAAAACUAACUAGUAAUA